AUGGACCAAAUAUUUGCAUUAGAAUAUUUUGAUGCAAUAUUCAGAUUUCUUUCGAAUUAUAAAGAUUUGCACUCUUGUCUUUUGGUUAACAAACGUUGGGCCACUUGUGCCGUUCCAAUUUUAUGGGAAGUGCCCUUCAGAAUUAAAGACAAAAAAAAACCAUCUUCCAAAGUGAUCCAAGUCUAUCUUGCAUUUAUACCAGAUAGUACUUUUCAAAAAUUGAGAUAUAAUAAAAGAAUUGGGUUGAUGAUUAGUAAGCCCCUUUUUUUUAACUAUCCAUCAUUUCUCAAAGAGCUUUCAUAUGAUCAAUUCCUUAAUGCUGCUAUAGCAAACAAAUGCUGUAAAGAUAUUAUAAUAGAAUUAUUUAAAAUGCUUACUAAGAAUAGCGUGAGAUUACGCAGAUUUGAUAUCUAUAACUAUCUCAAUUAUUAUUCCGAAGAUUUAAAUAAUAUAGGAUCUUUGAUUCUUCCUCAUUUUUCUGAAAGCACUUCUAUAUUUAGUAGGUUGACUUAUUUUAAUUGUUGCUAUCAAUGGCCAAAACAAAAAACUCAACUUUUUAAUGCAAUAGCAAGGGGCUGUCAUAAUAUUAAAAACCUUAAAGUCAGUAUUUGUUAUGAAGAUGAAAAAAUACCUUUAGCGAAUCUUAUCUGUUCUCAAAGAAAUUUAAAAAAGUUCUCUUUGAUAAACAGUAAUAAAUUUGCAUCAUUUCCAGUCCAGGCUCUUGUGAAUCAAAAACACUCACUUAAUAGCUUAACACUUGAAGACAUGCAUUGCAAUCGUAGCUUAAACAAGGCAAAGUUGUUUAAUUAUGAUAUUUGUCGAUUAAAUGGCAAUGCUAUUGAUGUACUGGCUCAGUGUACAAAAAUCAACAAAAUGAAGUUUAAACACUGUGAAGGACUCAAUUCUUCUGCAUUUCUUCCUCUUGCCAUUGCUUUUCCGAACUUAACAUCCUUAGAAUACUUUUAUGGUGAUUAUAACAUCUAUGAUAGCGCAACACCUAUUAGAUUAUUAUCUGGUCUCAUUAUGACAAGUUGCAAUACACUUAAAAGAAUUAUACUUGACUGGCAUUCCCCUGACGACCUUGAAAUUACUCAGCUUGUCGAAAUUAUCGCACAGCAAGUGAUAAAUCUCGAGUAUUUAAAAAUUCCACUCUAUACAUUAGAACAAUUUACACUAAUUCAUCAAACCCAUAAUCCAUUAAAGAAACUUGAAAUUUAUGCGAGUAGAAGAAUAAAUCCAUAUUGUGCUCUUUAUAUUUUUGCGAAUGUUCCACUCAAAAGCCUUGAGCAUUCAAUUCAAUUAUGCUUUGAUUAUUAUGAUUAUUCUAAACUAAAAUUCAAUCCACUAAAUCAGAUCUUUGAAUCUAUUUUAUACAAAAGUACUCGGAUUGUUGACUUUGUUUUGUAUACGCAAUUAUUUCAUCCGUUCUAUAGAACGAAUCUUUUAAGAAACUAUCCAAAACUUAGAAUCAAUAUCUUGAAAAGAAGUAGGGAUUAUAGGAAUUAUUCAAGGUUUGAUUUUGAAACACUACAGAGAACGCGAAAAUAA